AUGGUGGCCUAAACAUCCCUCCUUAUCUUCCACCUCAUGGCUCUGACCUGCAUCUUGUUUUGUCUUGUCCCUAACUGUACAUAGUUACAAAAUUGACUUUAACGCUUCUCACUACCUGCAUUUGAAUAGCAGUAAGAAAAUGUUUACUUAUUACGGUCCAUUAAGACUAGACAUAUGUUGUGCCUCUACGUCUCUGUGGAACAUGUGCACUUGGAGCUGUGCCCUUUGAGGUCAUCUGAAAUAAUAUUUUUGGCCUCGGGGAGCAUGCUGAGCUUUGGUGAGUCCGAAAUGUCUCUGAAGAGUCUCAGCACUUACUUAAGUGAGCAGCUACAGACACUACUCAGAAAUCUGGAAACGGCCCCUUUAAGAAGUGGUGCGCCCCUCCCUCUCUACCGGAGGGAGACGGAGCCGGGAGGAGCCCGGUACCUGGUUUCUCCUACCCUGUGCGCGCAGAGGUCAAGGCCAGGGCACACUCCGACUAGGCCGGUGGAGUUUGGGGAACUACACUACCCACAGUGCAAUACGCUAAACGGCAGGGCAGUUGAUCCAAUGAAAACUCAGGACAGGGACACUUCCGUGCGUGCUGAUCGCGAUGGCGUGGGACUUCCGGUGUCCUCCUCGUGGCGGUCAUUUUGGCUUCUCUGCGGUCUUUUCGCCUCGGCAGGAGCUCCGGAGCGCUGCUUCCGGACCGGGGUGACUGGACGGAGAAGGCGCGAGAGGCGGAUCUGAGGAUCUGCGACGCCGCCGCGGAUGGCCCGGCGAGGCACAGGGUAGGGGCCGCCGUGUCUGGGCCCCCCGCUCCGCCCACAGAGUCCGAUGGCGGCGGCCGCGCUGAGGGCCCCGGCUCAGGGUAUGACCUUUGAGGAUGUGGCCAUCUGUUUCUCCCGGGAAGAGUGGAUGCUCCUUGAUGAGGCUCAAAAGCUCCUGCACCGCAGUGUGAUGCUGGAGAACUUUGCACUUGUAGCGUCCCUGGGUUAUUGCCAUGGAGCAGAGAAUGAGAUGAUAACCUCUGAGCAGAAUGUAUCUGUAAAGGGAAUGUCACAGGUCAGGAUUUCUGAGGCAGGUCCAUCUACCCAGAAGACUCAACUCAGUGAGAUGUGUGUCCUAGUCUCAAAAGACAUUUUGCGCCAGGUUGAGUACCAAACCACAUACCCUGUACAGAAAUCAUACUUGGACGGCACAAGCAUGAGAGGCUUCUGUUUCAGUGCAAAACUUCACCAGCACAAAAAGCAUUACAGUGGAGAGGAGACCUGGAAAAGGGAUGUGGACCGGGCCAUGUUUGUGACAAACUGCGGGUUCCAUAUGUCAACAAAUCCUUUCACUUGUGGGGAGGACUUCCCAGCCACCAUGGGCUCUCUCCAGCACCAGGUUACUCCCAAUGGUGAGGAGCCACCCAGUAGAAGCAGCAAGUGUGUGCAAACAUGUUUCAGUGGAAGAAAUUAUUACAAGUGGGAUAAAGAUAAAAAAGCAUCAAGCCACAAACACACACUUGUUCAAUAUCAGAGUGUCUGCUCUGAAAGUGAGCUUUAUAAGUGUAGCAAAUAUGAGAAGUCUUUUACCUUCAAGAACAUUCUUGUUCAGCACCAGCAGAUUCACACUGGAAAAAGGACAUAUGAGUGCAGUGAAUGUGAGAAAUCCUUUAGCACAAAGUGUCACCUUAUUGUACACAAACAGAUUCACAAUGGAGAGAGGCCUUAUGAAUGCGGUGAAGGUGGAAAAGCCUUUAUCAAUAAAUACAAACUCGUUCACCACCAGAGACAUCACACAGGAGGAAUGCAUUAUGAGUGUAGUGAAUGUAGGAAAUCCUUUAGCUACAGAUCCAACCUCAUUGAACACCAGAGAGUUCACACUGGAGAAAGGCCUUACAAGUGUGGUGAGUGUGAGAAAUCCUUUAGACAAAGCUCUAGCCUCUUUCGACACCAAAGAGUUCACACUGGAGAAAGGCCUUAUGAGUGCUGUGAAUGUGGGAAAUCCUUUAGACAAAUAUUCAAUCUCAUUCGACACAGGAGAGUUCAUACUGGAGAAAUGCCGUAUCAGUGCAGUGAUUGUGGGAAAGCCUUUAGCUGCAAACCUGAACUCACUCAACACCAUAGAAUUCACAGUGGAGAAAGACCUUAUGAGUGCAGUGAAUGUGGGAAAUCCUUUAGACAGUUCUCGAACCUCAUUCGACACCGCAGUGUUCACACUGGUGAUAGGCCUUAUGAGUGCAGUGAAUGUGAGAAAUCUUUUAGCCGUAAAUUUAUCCUCAUUCAACACCAAAGAGUUCACACUGGCGAAAGGCCUUAUCAAUGCAGUGAAUGUAGAAAAUCCUUUACCCGCAAAUCUGACCUCAUUCAACACCAGAGAAUUCAUACUGGGUUAAGACCUUAUGAGUGUGGUGAGUGUGGCAAAUCUUUUAGACAACGCUCUGGCCUCAUUCAACAUCGGAGAGUUCACACUGGAGAAAAGCCUUAUGAGUGCAGUGAGUGUGGAAAAUCCUUUAGUCAAAGUGCUAGCCUCAUUCAGCACCAGAGAGUUCACACUGGAGAAAGGCCUUAUGACUGUAGUGAAUGUGGGAAAUCCUUUAGCCAGAGCUCUAGUCUUAUUCAACACCAGAGAGGUCACACUGGAGAAAGACCUUAUGAGUGCACUGAAUGUGGAAAACCCUUUACCCACAAAUCUGACCUCAUUCAACACCAAAGAGUUCACACUGGAGAAAGACCUUAUGAAUGCAGUGAAUGUAGGAAAUCCUUUAGUCGCAAAUCUAAUCUCAUUCGACACCAGAGAGUUCACACUGAAUAAAGGCCUUAAAUAUGCA